UCUCUCUCUCUCUCUCUCUCUCUCGUUUCGCAAGUUCCCAACUUCACCAGUCGCGCGCCUUUAAAAACAGAGAACAAUUAGAGGAGAAAAUCUCACAUACGCAGAAGAUACGCAGAUAUAGAGAGAGAGAGAGAGAGAGAGAGAGAUGGGGAACACAUGGUGCGGAGCGUGCGCCUGCGUGGACCAGGCGGGCAUCGGCGUGGUGGAGAGAUGGGGCCGCUACGAGAGGCUGGCGCAGCCCGGCCUCCACUUCUUCAACCCCUUCGCCGGCGAGCUCCUCGCCGGCAUCCUCUCCACCCGGAUCCAAUCCCUCGAAGUCCGUAUCGAGACCAAAACUAAGGAUAAUGUCUUCGUGCAACUCAUAUGCUCAAUCCAAUAUCGAGUGGUCAAAAUGAACGCCGAUGAUGCAUUUUAUGAACUGCAAAAUCCUCAGGAGCAAAUUCAGGCUUAUGUCUUUGAUGUGGUUCGAGCUAUUGUUCCAAGGAUGACCUUAGAUGAGCUAUUUGAACAAAAGGGUGAGGUUGCAAAAGCUGUCUUGGAGGAACUCGAGAAGGUGAUGGGAGCAUAUGGUUACAGUAUAGAGCACAUACUCAUGGUUGAUAUCAUACCCGAUGCCUCUGUGCGCAGAGCAAUGAAUGAGAUAAAUGCAGCUCAGAGGCUUCAGCUUGCUAGUGUAUACAAGGGUGAAGCUGAAAAGGUGCUAAUGGUGAAGAAAGCAGAAGCUGAGGCUGAAGCCAAGUAUCUGGGAGGAGUUGGUGUAGCCAAGCAGAGGCAGGCCAUUACUGAUGGCUUGAGAGAAAACAUCUUAAAUUUCUCUCACAAAGUGGAAGGUGCCUCCGCCAAAGAGGUGAUGGAUCUUAUCAUGAUCACUCAAUACUUUGACACUAUUAAAGAUCUCGGCAACUCUUCCAAAAACACCACAGUUUUUAUCCCCCAUGGCCCCGGUCACGUUAGGGACAUUGGUGACCAGAUACGCAAUGGCCUGAUGGAAGCAGCUAGUGCCAAUAUAGAGACUUAGUUGAAUCACUGUCCUUCGGGGUUGAGACGCGUUAAUCAGCAAACUCGUUGGUACUGCCUUUGAAGGUCACAGGAUUGAAUUGCUCGUUUCUUUUUUUUUUCUUUUUUUAGGAAGGACGGUUUGUCAUAUGGUAAUAGUAUAGAGGCCAUUUUAUCCAUUAAUAGUUGCUUUGGUGUUUCGGUUUUUUUAAGACUGCGUGGAUGUAAAUGAAUUGUCUUCUUUUUGCCCAUCCCAACAACGUUAAACUGAUCAUACAUAGUUUGUCGGAGAAUUUAUCAGCAGGCCAUCUGAUCUUUUCAAAAAAAA